AUGUACCAAGAAACUCUGCAGUUUUAUCAUCUAUGGAGACUUGCGGUCCAAGAAAGAGACGAAGCAAGAGAGCAUCUGAAACAUUCACUCACGAAACUCUCUCAGUUUCAGGAACUCUUCGACACCAUUUUGUUGUCUGAAGAACAAAAACUUUCCCUUUAUUACCCACAAACCACAGACGAAGCCACCGAUCAAUUCUCCGGCGACUCUCCGUCACAAUUCUCGUCCGCACCGCCGAUGGAUUUCGUCUCCAACUCAGUUGUUAAUAAUCCCUCGCCGGCGAGCUGUGAUUCUGAUUCUUACAGCUUCCAAUCUAAUAAAAUGGGUUCUGGUGUUGAGAAUCUGAGAGAUUUUGAGACGGUUGUGUUGGAGAUGAUCGGAGGUGUGUUGCCGGAGAACGGUAAGUUUUUGCAAACUGUUAGUGAAGCUGGAUCGUUGGUUGAGUCAUUGUUCAUAACCGGUCCGAUUCCGAAAUGGAGGAAUCCUCCGGUUCAAUUGUCGAGUCAAAGACCGGUUCUACGUAGUAAUAUCACUGGAAAUUGGAAAUAUGGUGGUUUAGAGUUUGGUUCGGGGAUCCUAAACCGGUCUUUCCCGAGCAAAAUGUCGCAAUUCAGUUUGAUGUCUUAA